CACAACCAGGAAGUGGAUACGGAAAUACUCACCAAACGGCUACAGGUGUAGUCUUCAGGCAGGACUUGUCUGUCACAAACCAUAUCUUCUCGGUCAACAUGUUGAAGGCUGUUAUUUUAAUUGGAGGCCCUCAGAAAGGCACAAGGUUCAGGCCGCUGUCAUUUGAGGUGCCCAAACCCUUGUUUCCAGUAGCAGGUGUACCCAUGCUACAGCAUCACAUUGAAGCAUGUGCCAAGGUACCGAAUAUGAAGGAGAUUUUGCUCAUCGGCUUUUAUCAGCCAAAUGAAGAACUGACCAGAUUCCUAUUUAAUGCACAGCAGGAGUUCAAAAUUUCCAUCAGGUAUUUGCAGGAGUAUGCAGCCCUGGGCACUGGAGGGGGCAUCUAUCACUUCAGAGAUCAGAUUGUCUCCGGCAGUCCAGAGGCUUUCUUUGUUCUGAAUGCUGAUGUUUGCUCAGCGUUUCCUCUCGCAGAGAUGCUCAGCUUCCAGAAGGAACAUGGAGAACCAAACAGCUUUGUUAUCCUUGGGACAACGGCAAACAGAAAGCAAUCCAUGAAUUACGGCUGUAUUGUUGAAAAUGAGGAAACAAAUGAGGUCUUGCAUUAUGUGGAAAAGCCGAGCACAUUUGUGAGCGACAUCAUAAACUGUGGCAUAUACCUCUUUAACCCCGAAAUCUUCCAGCAUAUCGGCGCUGUCUUCCAGAAGAACCAGCAGGACAUGCUGUUAUAUCCAUAUGAUGGAGAGGAGCCAACCAACGGCUGGCACCGAGCAGAGGCCAUCAGGCUGGAGCAGGACAUUUUCACUGCCCUGGCAGGGCAGGGCAAACUCUACGUGUAUAAAACCCUUAGCUUCUGGAGCCAGAUUAAAUCCGCAGGAUCUGCAAUUUAUGCUAGUCGGUUGUACCUCAACCAGUAUCACACAACUCACCCUGAAAGAUUGGCUUCAAAUAAGGAUGGAGGUCCCAAAAUAAGUGGUAAUGUCUAUAUUCACCCUACAGCCAACAUUGACCCCACUGCUAUGUUGGGUCCUAAUGUCUCCAUUGGCACUGGAGUGACAAUUGGUGCUGGGGUCAGAGUUCGAGAAUCUGUCAUCCUUCAUGGUGCAACUCUACAGGAUCACUGCUGUGUUUUGAACAGCAUUGUGGGAUGGGACAGCACCAUUGGCAAGUGGGCAAGAGUAGAAGGAACGCCGAGUGACCCAAACCCCAAUGAUCCUUUUGCAAAGAUUGACAGCGAGACCCUCUUCAGAGACGGAAAACUCACACCCUCCAUUACUAUUCUUGGUUGUAACGUGACCAUCCCUUCCGAGGUGAUAAUACUCAACUCGAUUGUCCUCCCGCACAAAGACCUCAACCGCAGCUUCAAAAACCAAAUUAUUCUCUAGUUAAUCUUCCUCAAGCUUCUGUCCACUUACUGUCACCGAUGAAGGAUGCUGCUGGACGCACGCCGGCACUGCCUCUGAGUUACUGUAUAUAAGAUGUCAAAAAUGAAGAUAGGGGACAUUCAUUAAAUAGUUUUGAAAGAUAGAUUUUUAUAUAUUUGUCCUCGAGCCUUUAUGCAUCAUUGGGUGUCAGCAACGUUCGAGAGAGGCUAAUCACGCAUGUUGAUUCACCUUGAAAAGUGCUGUCAUGCCAGAGGUUUAUAUUGGUUUUUUAUUAACUUUACCGAACUGUAAAAUUACUGCAGACACUAGUGUAAUAUAUUUGGUUGGAUGUAAUAUGAUGUUAAAAGAAAAAAAAAGUUUAUAGACAACCAUGCUGUUUUCUCAAGGGCACCCUUGAUAAACUUGAGACUUGUUACUUCAGCAUGAGAAGAGGAAUUAAUAGAAAAUAAAAAUCCCUGGCUACUGA